AUGGCAUGCUUCCAGCUUCAAUCGGUUCUUCCAAAGACAAUUUGUCCAUUUCAGGAAUUGCAGCUGUUAGGGAUGGAAGUACAUUCCGAUGAGACAACGAAUGGUGCAUUGCCGGAAGAAUUUGCGUUUGCGGAAGCAUCAUUGGCUGCAUUUGCGACGUUGGAAAGGCUGAAAAUAGAAAACUUUUCAAAACAAAUAGUAAGAAAUUUCACAAACCCUGCUGAUACAUAUUUUUAUGAUGUGGAUAACCGAGAAGUGCAUGUUGCGCGUAUGCCAGAAUACUUGGGUCACAUGGAGCACCCAGAAAAUAAGGUGUUUGGGGUUGCUGUUGCUGUUGCUGAUGAUGCUCUCCGUUUGAAGAUUGCAUCCUUCUCUCUUCCUGAAACACAAAUCUUGCGAAAAGAAGAUGAAAAAUGUGAAACGAGACGGAACCAGAGAAAAAGCCGAGCUGAUUACCGCAAUCGAUGUUUUGAGAACGAAAAAUUGGCGCCAGCCUACCGUAGUUUUCGAAAUCGUUGCGAGAGUUUUCGAUUGAGAAUCUGUGCGCGCCUUUGA